UAGUGGGUGGGAUUUUGGUAGCGACGGCCGAGUGCAGGACUGGGAGUGUCUGGGUUUGUCAACGAGCUGCACUGCUUUAUCUGGCAGGGGGUGCCCUCUUCCCAAGGCUUGACCCACGGAUGGGACUGGGAGGCGCUUUGGGAACGCAGCGCGCACGCGUACUGACGCCCAUGGAGGCGGGGCCAGGUACCCCAGAGUAACGGACACGCCGCCGCGCGGUCGCCCGUGGGGGCGUGGUUUCGUGCCCGCGGGGGCCGGUGAGGGGAGGCUGCGCAGGCGCGUAGCGUCGCGGCCGAUUUCUGGAGGGGCGGAAGCGCUGUGGGGACAGACAUUAGGCAGAAAUGGCUGCCUCAGCCAUGAAGGAGUGUGAAGGAAAUACAUGUAAAGCCCUCAGCACAGUAACUAUGGUUACAGUCAUUUUCAGUCAAUGACCAUUUUGAGGAACAGAUGUGGAGACAUCGCACUAGACUCUCUCACAACUUGGAGAACCAGUAAAUCUCAAAAAAAGCUCCACAUUCACAGGACUCUGUUCUUCAAGAGAGAGACCUCAUGAAGGGGAGCAUGGCCACUGGACCUCUGGAAGGCACAUCACAGCGGUCACUGACAUUCCGAGAUGUGGCCAUCGACUUCUCCCAAGAAGAGUGGGGAUUCCUGGACCCUGCUCAGAGAGAACUGUACACAGCUGUGAUGUCAGAGACUUACCAGAACCUGGUCUGGCUGGGCAUAUCUGUUGCUGACCCCAACAUAGCCUUCCUAUUGGAGCGAGGCCCACAGCCCUGGGUGAUGAGGGAGGAGGAUGCAGAAGCUCCAGGGGCAGAGAGUGAAUCAACACAGAAAAGCAAGGAAUUGUCUUUAAGGAAGAGAAUAAAAGGAGAAACAUACCAUUAUGAAAGAGUGAUGAAAAAAACAAGCAGCACGGGUAGAGAAUAUGAAAAAGCCUCCAGCACCAGGGCAUACCUCAUCAUCCAUCAGAAGAUGAAGGAGGAAGAGAAAUGCUACCAGUGCUUCGAGUGUGGGAAAUCCUUCCGUCGUCGAUCAACUCUCAUCCAGCAUCAGAGGAUCCACACAGGAGAGAGACCCUAUCAGUGCAGCAAGUGCGGCAAAGCCUUCAACCAGAAGGCCCACCUCGCCCAACACCAGCGCACUCACACGGGUGAGAAGCCCUACGCCUGCGGGCAGUGCACACGGGCCUUCAGCCAGGUGACACACCUCACCCAGCAUCAGAUCGUCCACACCGGAGAGAAGUUCCAUGGCUGCAGCGAGUGUGGGAAGGCCUUCAGCCGCCCCUCCGCCCUCGCGGACCACCAGAGAAUCCACAGCGGAGAAAAACCCUUCAAGUGCAAGGCCUGUGGCAGAGCCUUCACCCAGAGCGCCCAGCUCCUCAGACACCAGAAGAUCCACUCUGAAGACAAGCCCUACAGAUGCAGCAAGUGCACCAAGUCCUUCAUCCGGCUCUCCUCCCUGACGGAGCACCAGAGGACUCACACCGGAGAGAAGCCCUAUCAGUGUGAGGACUGCCCAAAGGCCUUCUGCCGCCUCGUGCAGCUCACUCAGCACCAGAGGACCCACACUGGUGAGAAACCCUACACGUGUCAGGAAUGCGGCCGGGCCUUCACCUGCAGGUCCCAUUUCAUUGUCCACAGGCGGAGUCACACAGGAGAGAGACCCUAUGAAUGUCAGGUGUGCGGGAAAACCUUCAACAAUCACUCCUCCCUGGUGACGCACGACAGGACUCACAGUGGAGUGAAGCCCUUCAGAUGCGAUGCGUGUGGGAAGGCCUUCAGCACAUCCUCCUCGCUCUGUCAACAUAAGAGGAUUCAUACUGGGGAAAAGCCCUACAGCUGCCACAAAUGUGGGAAGUCCUUCAGGUGCAGGUCACACCUUAGUCGACAUCAGCAAAUUCAUAUGGGAGAAUACUGACCAAAGCCAACCAGACUUGAAAAUGUUACUAUUCCAGUUACCUAACCAUCAGUCAAGAUCUUGAAAACAAGCAGCCUCACUUGACUCUGACUCUUAGAAAAGCAGCUUAUUCUCAAGGUCUCAGGAGCUCACUGAAAAAUAGAUAAUGAACCAGGACCUACUGUAUAGCACAGGGAACUAUACUCAAGGUUUUGUAAUAAGCUACAAAGGAAAUACAGCUCUGGUUUUUCCAGUAGUUGUGUACAGAUGUGAGACUUGGACCAUAAAGAAGGCUGCCCAUGGAAUUCUGUCCUUGAUCUGUAGUCUUCCCCAGGCAAGAAUACUGGAUUGGGUAGCUAUUCCCUUCUCCAGGGGAUCUUCCCAACCCAGGGAUCAAACCUGGGUUUCCUGCAUUGCACACAGAUUCUUUACUGUCUGAACCACCGGGGAAGCCUGAGCAUUGAAUUGAUGCUUUCUAAUUCUGGUGUUGGAGAAGACUCUCGAGAGGACUGCAAGGAGAUCAAACCAGUCAAUCCUACAGGAAAUCAAUCUCAGAUAUUCACUGGAAGGACUGAUGCUGAAGCUUCAGUACUUUGGCCACCUGAUGCAAAAAGCUGAUAUGUUGGAAAAAACCCUGAUACCUGGAAAGAUUGAGGGCAGGAGGAGAAGGGGGCAGCAGAGGAUGAGAUGGUUGAAUAGUAUCACUGACUAUUUGAGCAAAUAGGGACAUGAAUUUGAGCAGACUCCUGGAGACAGUGAAGGGCAGAGGAGCCUGGUGUGCUGCAGUCCAUGGGCUCUCAAAAAAUGGAGCACAACUUGGUGACUGAACAACAACAAUGGGAACUGAAUCUGGAAAAGAGCGGAUGUUUGUGUGUGCAUAACCGAAUCACCUUGCCGCACACCUGACACCAACACGAUAUUGUAGAUCAGCUGUGCUCCAAUGAAAACGAUUUGUUAACGCGCUCUUUGGAUGGAAUAACCGAAGACAGGGAGGAAGCAAAGCAAGUUAAAAGCAGAACAUGAAACCAUUGUCCUGCCAUCUGGAGAACUCUGGCCUCCUCCUCCCUGCAUCCUGCUCUGCUGCCAUCACUAAUAAACGGCAGCACUGCACAAGUGACUUUACUGGCCUGAGUCUGGGUGCCCUCACUUUUAAUGCCCUGAAACCAAGUUUACAAUGCAGGUGUCCUGACAGCCAAAGAUGAGGCCAAGAGAUCACCUCUUGGCUUUUGCUUCUGUCCUGAUGGGAGAGACACAUAUGCCACCAAGUUCACAGCAUUAGCAAGGGGUGGGCAGGGGCUUGGAUGUUGCAAAGUGUGAAAAAACAAACAGCCAUGACUUAAAACUUUACAUCUGAAAAAUGGUGCCCGAAUUUGGUCACAGGUUUAGCUUCAAAUUUCCCAACCAGCGGGCUUUCCUGAAUUUUCUCCCACACUUCCUCCUACAGCUGCUGUAUUUUAGUGAUCUCAUCACUGCACCUAUCACCUUUGAACAAGAAUCAAGAGGCUGACACAAAGGAACAGCACUAGGACAGAUAUAAGGGUUAUCAUAUUAAUAGAAGUUAGGGGAUAUUCCUAAACUGAGCACACAGGAUUUUUUUUCUCACUUUUUUCUUUUCAGUGCAUAUAUAAAAGCAUUUAUAAAAUGCAUGCACCAGUGUAGAGAAGAAAAAUACAUACUCGUUGUUUAGUCUCUUAAGUCAUGUCCGAUUCUUUUUCAACCCCACGGAUGGUAGCCUGCCAGCUUCCUCCUUCCGUGGGAUUUCCCAGGCAAGAAUACUGGAGUGGGUUGCCAUUUCCUCCUCCAGGGGAUCUUCCCAACCCAGGGAUCAAACCAAUGUCUCCUUAGGCAGGCGGAUUCUUUACCACUGAGAAUAUAACAGUAGAGUCCAUGUAAGGAAAUACUCCUAAAUGAGCCAAUGUUGAAAUUCAGGAUGAAAAGCUGCAUGAAGA